UUUCUCUUCAUUAACGAUACGUAAUUUUGUUUUCCCACAGGAGUAUGUCGCCCUUCGAUAAUACGCUCUAUACAUAUCCCUCUAACGACCAACCAUCAAAUGUUGAUUCAAAUAUAAAAAAUACUAAGCGGGUAGAUUCGCAGCACCAAUUAUGGACGAUGGUAGGUGAUGCCAUGCAAGGUAGCGACAAACUAAGUUCACUAGCGGCAACCGGCAAGAGAGCACCAAUUGCUAAGCGGGUAGAUUCGCAGCACCAAUUAUGGACAAUGGUAGGUGAUGCCAUGCAAGGUAACGACCAAAUAAGUUCACUAGCGGCAACUGGCAAGAGAGCACCACUUACUAAGCGGGUAGAUUCGCAGCACCAAUUAUGGACGAUGGUAGGUGAUGCCAUGCAAGGUAACGACAAACUAAGUUCACUAGCGGCAACCGGCAAGAGAGCACCACUUGUUAAACGACCGGAUGCCCAACAAAUGAUAUGGAAUAAAAUGGGUAGUUUACUACGAAACAGCGACCGAUUUGAUUCACUUGUGGCAAGUGGAAAGAGAGCAACAUUAGGCACAAAUGUCAAAGGGCAGCAUAUGUUUUUUAACACAAUUGGAGAUUUGUACCACGACCCAAACGUUUGGACCUCAUUGAAAACAAAUGGAAAUGGAGACUCCACAUCACCUGGACAACCGUCGCGAAUAGAUGAAACCGACUUUGUUGAAGACAUUCUACGACAAGAGGAGGAAUUUUGAACUUUAACACCAACACCACUUUGAAAUAAUGUAAAAAUCCAGAAACUCUGUACCAGUCUGUGGAAUUAGCACAUUAUGGACAUAUAUUUUUGUCGUCUUUUUUAUUUUGAUGACUUCGCUGGCAAUUGCUUUUAAAUCUCCCCUUUCACUUUUUCUCUCCAUUAUUUUCUGGAAAGUGCAUAGAUGCUCUAGCGGUCAGCGCUAUACAAGCACAGCACUAAUAUAAAUCUUAAUAUUUUUGCCAAGCUACGAAAUUCUUGUUUACAUUUUAAUGUAUUUUAUAAGAUCCGUUUCAUAUGCAGACCAUUAAGUAUUCUGUUUGAACUAAAAGGAAAGAAUAUUUUCGAUACGAUCUAUAUUCAAUAUAUUAUUGCGUGCAUAUCGGUCUUGUAUUACACACAUCAAUAUCUCUUUCAUGAACAAGGUGGGAAAGUUAUCUCGUGCAAAGACUACGCAAAAAAAGCCGUUGAAUAAUAUUCCAUUAGACAUAUAUAUAUUUAUGCGAAUAUAACAAAGAAUUAAUAAAACAGUUGAACGUUUUACAAAUAUCAUCAGCAGAAUGCUCAAUGGUAUAUAAACCAGAGCGGAUUAAAAUAAAAAUAGAUUUUGCCGUUUUGGCCAUUGGAUCUAUUGCCGUUUUGGUACUUGUCAUUGUCGUAUUGAUUUAUUGCCGUUUGGUUUAAUUUUGUUUUAACUAGAAACCGAUUCAACAAUAGGUUUGAUUAGACUUAAUUAAUCCAUGUUAGUCUAUAUUAUUCAUUAAGGAAUUCUUUUCUGACGAGUGUUGCACUUGGGGCAAUUAUAGUAGUCUCAGACAGUACGAGUAACAAGAUAAGAAACUAAAUAGUAAU